GAGCUCGUUUGUUUUCAAGGACAUCAAUUGAGUUCUAGUAAACUCCAUUUGAUGAUAAUAUUUUUUAGUUUUAGCCACUCAGCACUCUGAAUUCACUCUCCAACACUGGAAGUAGUGGGUCGCUGUACGAAAUACGGUAUCAAAUUUUUUUCUUCUUAAUAAGAAGCGAAAAAUAAACAGUAACCAUGGACAAUGUGAAGGUUUUAUACUUUCCCUUGAAGGCUAUGGCCGAAGGAAUACGCCUUAUUCUGGCGUAUGUUGGCCAGGAUUUUGAAUAUGUAAGGAUAUCUGAGGAGGAAUGGCCCUCUGUAAAACCAAAUACACCCUUCGGUCAAGUACCAGUCAUAGAGAUCAAUGGCAAGCGUCAUGCACAAACCUCAUCCAUCCUGCGUUAUUUGGGGAAAAAACACGGUCUCGGAGGAAAUAAUCUAGAAGAGGACUUUGAGAUCGACCAAGUUGUGGACUUCUUUAAUGAUUUACGUUUAAGGGCGGCUUCUCUCCACUAUGAAAAGGAUGAAAAUAAAAAAGCUGUAUUGAAACAAGAACUCUAUAAUAACUAUUUUCCUGAAAUGUUUACAAGGCUGAAUGAUAUCAUAACAAGAAAUAACGGUUACAUGGCCGUAGGAAAGUUGACUUGGGCCGACUUUAUGUUUGCUGGUAUGUACGAACGCAUUAAAGUUAUGCUCGCCAUGCCUGAUUUAGAUGAGAAGUACCCGAAAUUCAAGAAGCUGGAACAAACUGUUCUUAAUCUACCAAAAGUCAAGGAGUACUGUGCUAAUGAACCAGAAUAUAACUAAUAAGGAAUUUGCUGCAUUUAAAGUUAUGCAAUAUCUUUUUUAAUCUGUCUUAAAAAAAAUAUGUAUAAUAUCCGAAAUAAAUGAUUUCAUUUAUAUGUA